AUGUCAUAUCCAACCCCCAAAAAGGAGCAAGACUCUAUACUAAGUGAAUCAUACCAAAGUUUUUCAACUGCAUCGACCAAAAACCCAAUCAAAAAUUUCAUUUACUCGUUCAGGGUUAACAGAGAUUUACAAGUUACUUCUGAUGAGAUAACUACUCCGGAUGACUUAUUGAAAGGAUAUCAAGUUAAACUAAUUGCUCUAUCGUCAUGCAUUGGUAGUGGGUUAUUCAUAUCGAGUGCAUCCAUGAUAUCGUCUGCAGGUCCUGGUGGUACUGUUAUUGGAUAUUUUAUUGUUGCUAUAUUGAUGUUUUUCAUUGUGCAAGCAUUAGGAGAAUUGACAAGUUCAUAUCCUGUUAGAGGUAACUUCCUUGUCUACAAUACUCGUUUUAUUGAUGAAUCGUGGGGGUUUGCCAUGAAUUGGAAUUAUUGUUUACAAUGGAUUGUCAAUAUUCCUUUAUCUUUGGUUGCUGCUUCAUUAACUAUUCAAUAUUGGACUGACAAAAUCGACCCUGCAGUAUGGGUGGCAAUAUUUUGGGUUGUUAUUGUGGGAAUCAGUAUAUUUGGUGUCAAAGGUUAUGGUUACGGAGAAAGUUUGUUUUCAGUAAUCAAAGUAGUCGCCAUAGCUGGAUUUUGUAUUCUAGGAGUUAUACUAGCAGCUGGAGGCGGGGAACAAGGAUACAUUGGAGGUCGUAACUGGCACCCUCCAUUCGUCAACGGGUUUCAUGGUAUUUGUAAUACUUUGGUUAACCUGGCUUUCAGUUAUUCCGGAACUGAAUUAGCAGCAAUUGCCGCUGCAGAAACAUCAAAUCCACGUAAAUCUUUAAAUAAAACCAUCAAGCAAAUAUUUUGGAGAAUCUUAAUUUUUUACAUGCUUGUUAUUGUGAUAGUAUGUUUCUUGAUUAGACACGACGAUCCCAAAUUAAUGGGUAACUCAAGUUGGCCUGUGUCACCUUUUGUUAUUGCAAUUUCCAACGGUGGAAUCAAAGUCUUGCCUUCUAUUUUCAAUGCUGUCAUUUUGUCUGCAUUAUUAUCAGUGGCUAAUGCUAGUGUUUUUGCUACAUACAAGCCAUUAGUUGCCUUAGCAGAAGCGGGCCAUGGACCAAAGUUUUUGGCUUAUGUGGAUCAAAAGGGAAGACCAAUAUAUUCAAUUAUCAUAGCUCUUGCCUUCGGUCUUAUUGGAUUUGUUGGUUCAUCAAGUAGUCAAGCUGUUGUGUUUAAUUGGUUAUUGGCAUUAAGUGGUUUAUCAUGUAUAUUUAUUUGGUUUUCAAUUUCAUUGGCCCAAAUAAGAGUGAACUAUGCUUGUAAAGUGCAAGGUAUCGAUUCCAAAAACGUUCCAUUCAAAGCUAUUGGUGGAGAUUAUGGAGCUUAUUUUUCCAUGCUUAUAAAUGUUUUAAUUUUAAUGGCGCAGUUUUAUGUUGGGUUAUAUCCUAUUAAUGGUAAAUCGUUAAAUGCAUCCACGUUUUUCCAAGCUUAUCUUGCUGUUCCUAUUGUGUUGGUUUUCUAUGUUGGGCACAAGCUUUGGACCAAAAAUUGGUCAUGGUAUAUCAAGGCAAAAGAUAUAGAUAUCACUACAGGAAGAAAUAUUGUUGAUAGUGAUUUUGAAUUGCAAGCAAUGGAAUUUGAAAAGGAGAUGGAACCAAAGAAAUCAAUUAUGCACAGAUUUGUCAAUUUCUGGUGCUGA